UGAAAUCACAUCUCUAGUAGAUCAAUAGAGGAAGUCCUCCUGUGCCACGCAAAGCCUGAUGGUUCCCUAUAUUUCUGAAAGGAGUGUCCUGAGCUGACAGAGGAGAAAAACUGCUAAGUCCUGAAGUUUCCAGUCUAAAGGAGCUUUUGAGCAAGAAAUCGUCGUGUGGAUGGUGUCGUCUGGAUCCUAGAUCCCACUGUCACUCUUAUCAUGAAUGUUUGUGAAAUCCCACCAGAAAAUAAGAUGUCUCUUCCAAAAAUCCAGAUUGAAGAAAUGCUGGACAGUGUGGAUUACGAGACUGGAGAUGGGCCUCCUUCUGAUGACCACCUGAGGAAUCUGAAAGCUCUGACAGAAAAACUGAGGCUGGAGACGAGGAGGCCUUCUUAUUUGGAGUGGAAGGCCAAACUGGAAGAGCUGACAUGGAGGAGCCGCCCCCAGCCCCCUGAGGAAGCUGAGGAAAGCCAAGGCAGGAAGCAGCCGGAGGAAAGUGUGCCUACUCGAGAGGUGCAGGUACAUAUCAAUGGGACUUCUUCCAAAGAGCAGGUGAUGCUCGCUUCAAGAAAAAUCGGUGGCUUUGAGAACAUUGACGAAGCUUUAAAUUGGCUAAGGAAAGAACUGAUGGAAAUGCGUCUCCAGGACCAGCAGCUGGCUCGGCAGCUCAUGCGCCUGCGCAGUGAUAUCAAUAAGCUCAAGAUCGAGCAGACGUGCCACCUCCACCGGCGUAUGUUGAACGAUGCCACCUACGAGCUGGAGGAGAGGGAUGAGCUCUCUGACCUCCUCUGUGACUUCCCACUCACGUCCUCCUUCAGCCUCUCCACCCCGCUCAAGCUCAUUGGCGUGACAAAGAUGAACAUCAACUCCCGGAGGUUCUCACUUUGUUAGAGGGGGGGGGGUGGCGUGCAAG